AUGUCGAAUACAAUACCAUCGAAGAUUGAAGAUUUGCCAAAUGAAAUUUGGCUUGAAAUAUUUGAUUAUUUUAAUUGGUUCGAUCUGUUUUCGUCAUUUUAUUGUUUAAAUAAACGAAUUUGGCAUCUACUUAUGUGUAUUAAAACUCUUUCAGUGCAUUCAACUUAUCCUAAAAAAUCUCCUUCAGACCAGUUUAAACGGACGUAUUCUCAAGUAGUAUCCAAUCAUUCAUACAAUGAAUCGUUCAAUAUUACAAAACAGUUUAACUCAUUUUCAGGACUUAGUUCAUUGAUUGCUAAUACAUUUUCUGAUGACAAUUGGAGAUCUACAGAUGAAUUCGUCAAGUUUAUCUUUACACAACAUUGUCCUAUUAUUCACUAUUCACAUAUACAAUGGAAUGUACUUGAACAUAAAAUGCAAAUGAACGACAAUUUAUGUGGUACAUUUCAUUUUCCAUUACUUCGUCAUUUACACGUAAAUAAACUUCCGUUUCAUCUUGCUAUUCAAUUAUUAAAUCAAUGUAUCCAUCUUCGUUCUUUCUCUGCUAUACUCUACGAUUAUCCCUCAGAAAAGAACGUAACAAUAUUAUCUACUCAAAUACCUGAUCGAAUUCGAAUUGAUGGUCUUCCAUUAUUGAUAAGACUUAAUUUAGGAGAAGAUGAUUACCAAGAAGAAGAAACAUCGAGUACAUUCCUAGAAUUUUUAUUACCAUGCUGUCCUAAUCUACGUACAUUUAACUUCAAUAUUCGUUUUCAAGAUGUACCUGAUUGUCGUGAUAAAAUACUUGAUCCAAAUUGGUGGCAACAUAUAUUCAUAACAAACAAUCGAUUAAAUCGAAUUUUCCUUCACUUUGAAUGGUGGACACGAGAUAUUAGGAAUAAUGGAUUUACAAAAAUUCAACGUUUUCAAACAUCGCCUUUUUUUACUGCUCUCAAUGUGAAAAUCGAACAUGAGUUCAAAAGUGAAUUUAUGCGCUGUAUGGAAUACAAUCUUUAUAUUAAAAAUUGA